UAUUCAUAUUAAGUGUAUUGUACAGAAAUUGAUUUCUCUUAAAGAAAUGAUUGAGUUUUUAAACCUAGUCUGUUUUUUUUAAAGCUAGUGUGUUUGAUAAAACAAUCAAGACACAAAAAAAUAUAUCAAUGUUUUUCAAAAAUGUAAGUUUAUGAGACAGAACCUCCUCAUGUGUUUUAAACUCUCAGCAGAGUAGCUCAUCCUUACACACAUAACAUAUCUAUGGAUGCUCUUCUUCAUCAGGUUCCUCUUUGUUAUGGAAAGGAGCCUCACAGACUGACUACACUUUGGAUAAUUUAUAGCAAGAAGGAAUAAAUAAAUAAAUAAAAAAAUAAAAAAUCCUCCCAGGAUGUCUGGAGCUGAGCAGCGGGCUCUCCUGGAGCUCAACCUGCGGAGGGAGACGUGGUGUCAGGUGGAGGUGAACCCCCAGCAGUCCUGGGAGCUGACCCAGAGGAGACACUACCAGAGCCACCUGCAGACCAGCCCGGUCCUCCUCACCGCCAUGACCGCCGGACAGCAGCCAAGGUCGGCCCGCAGAGAGCUGCAGCCCCCCUCCCAGCUCCUGGAGAGAAGACACUUCAGAGAGAGCAGUAAGAAGCCUGGAGGUGUCACUGACAUCAUGGGAAGGUCUUCAGUGCAAACAUGUUAUAUUCCAUAAUUAACAUCUCUAAGAA